AUUGAUAGAUUCGGGCGUAGUGCAGUAAAAGUAGAGUACUUCAAUACAUUAAAGACAAAAGUCCGCAAAAAGCUGUUGAGAGUCCCAACAACCUAAUCUGACAGGUCGGAUACAUAUCCUCGCAUCCAAAUUCCAAACCCAACACAUAAACCAGAUACACAACCAAGAAAAAAAAACCAGAUUGGGAUUUGUCCGUUUCGGAUUUCUUUUCCAAUUUGGUUGGGCUUUUUUUUUAUUAUGCGUUUUUGAUUGGUGGGAAAAGGUAUGGUGGGCUCGCUUGAUUGUGAUCUUGAUCAUGAUGAUCAUCAUCGUCAUCAACUGAUGAACGGUCAUGAAGGGGAUGCUGCAGCAGCUCCAUCUUCUGAGGUCUCAUGCUCGAUUUGCCUUGAUUUGGUUUCCGAUACUGGCGGCAGAUCCAGGGCUAAGCUCCAAUGUGGUCAUGAGUUCCAUCUGGAUUGCAUCGGUUCAGCAUUUAAUAUGAAGGGGACUAUGCAAUGCCCGAAUUGCCGGAAAGUUGAAAAAGGUCAAUGGUUGUAUGCAAAUGGCUCCACUCGAUCAUUUCCUGAGCUAAGCAUGGAGGACUGGAAUGUUGAUGAUGAUUAUUAUGAUCAAGGUUAUUCUGAAAUGCCAUUUAGAGUUCACUGGUGUCCAUUUGGUGAAUUUACAAGAAUUGGUUCAUUAUCUGAGGAAGUGGAACCUCCAUCUACUACAUAUCAUGAAAUACAUGGACACCAUGCUAUAUCUGCUGAACAAGCUGCUGCUUCAUCUGUGGCUCAUUCAUAUGUUGCAUAUGCUGGACCACUUCCACCCACAACUCUAAGAUCUAGUGAUAGUGUUAAUGAUCCCAACAUUAAUCGCCAUUCAAACAGCCUGUCUGGACACAAUGAGAUUUUUAUUCCCCAUGCUUUGCCCACCAUUAGUAUCCAAUAUCAUAGUUGGGGCUGGCAUUCUCCAAAUUUGUCUGUAUCUGAUAGCCAUAUCAGCAAUACUGAUCCAGCUUCUGUUCCAGCUGCAGCUUUCAGAUCUUCCAAUGGGGAACUUAAUGCUUUGAGUAGAGCCGGAUCUUUUCCACAUCCUUUUCCCUUGGAGCAUGGGUCCAGUUCUAGAGGUGGGAGUUCGUAUGUCUCUUCAGUUUUUCCCUGUCAUCCAGGCAGCACUGCUCAUACUCAUGAUAGGACCCAUGCAUCUCUUGCCUUUUAUCAUCAGCAACAUCAUUUCUAUCAACAGCGCUUCAAUCGACCUGGUGUGCCUGCUGCUGUAGUUCCUGGAAUGAGAAGAGCUUUGGCCCCACUAGCCCCAGUAGUCCCACAACCUGAUCAAGGUGGCGGCUUCUAUAUCUAUCCUCCAUCAAGUUCAUCGAGGCAGAACCUACACGAAGCAGAAAGUUUGUUUCCAAAUAAUUAUAGUGCUCUGGAAAGAGAGCUUUUAUCACAUUUCCCAACCAUAUCAAGAGACUCAGGUUGGGGGUCAUAUCAUCCUACACAUAGCUCUGAUUCUGGCAACAGGUCUAUGAGCUUCCUCUAUAGGCGUUUUGCUUAGAUGAUGCAGUCAAAGUUUGGUUGCAAAUGCUUAUCAAUAGGUAAAAUGAGGAAACUUGAUGCAAUUGAACUUCGCUCAGUUUGAAGAAACAGUCACGGACGUGCACCUAGCAUUUAUCGAGU